AUGAAGUUGACUGAACAUCUCUUAAAUAUUGACAGAGACAUUUAUGAGCAAGCUGAACGCAAUCAGUUCUUGAAAGAAGUUGGCACUCUUCAAAUUAAGCCUGAAAAUCUCAAAGCCUGGCUCAUCCAAGAUAGGUUUUACACAGGUGGUUAUAUCAAAAUGAUGGGUCUUAUGAUCUCUCGUUUAUCCCUCUAUGAAGAUCAGCGUGAGCUAGGCGACAAUGAUCCUUUUUGGUCACAGGAAAAGGCACAAAAUAUCCUCAGAACCUUAUCCUUUGCGUUAUCCAACGUGCAUCGCGAAAGCGAAUUCUUUACUGAUCUUUUAAGCAGGGAGCCAUAUCGUCACUGCAAAGUUCCCGAGCAACAAAGAGCCUGGACAACUAAAUACUUUGAAUAUGUCAAGCGUAUUACUCUAGAAGGUGGACAUGACCUUGGUGAGCCUCUUGUUGCCCUUUGGCUUAUGGAAAUCAUGUUCUAUGAUGCUUGGAGUUUUGCCAAGUCUAUCAAUAAUAGUUUAGGUGAAGGAAAGGAUGGAAAGGAUUCACAGGACGUUCACAUUCAAACAUGUCACGAAUUGAUGGAAAACUGGACUUUAGAGGAAUUUAAGGAAUUUGUGGAUGACUGUGGGAGCCUUGUGGAUGCGCUUGACAUAAGCGAUCCACGUCGUAUGGCCAGUUACGAGAAAGUGUAUAAGGAAGUUUUGGCUCUUGAAGUUGAUUUCUGGAAUAUGGCUUAUAACUUUGAUGAAAAAUAA